AUGAUCAAUAAUGAACAGCUAGAAUAUGCACUUAGAACAAUAAAUUCUGAUCAAGAAAAUAUACGAGAAAGUUCAAACAAGCAUUUGCAAGAACUAUUACAAGGACCUUUACUUCCAAUUAUUGAAUCAAUUGCGCUUCUUAUUGAUGCACACUCCACGGAAACAGAAUUUGUGCGAAUAUGCGUUGUCAUGAUUGGUCGAAUACUCAAAAUCAAAUACGGACGUUAUGCAAUUAAAUCAAAAGUUUGGUGCAGCAGUAAUAACUUAGAUUUUAUUCAUCAAACGAUAUCUGCAUUACUUACAAAUGACGAUCAAGUGAUUAGACAAACAAGUGCUUUCAUCCUUGCUAUAUUUGCAGAAAAAGAAAUUCCAAAUGGCUACUGGCAAGAUUUUUAUGAAGUUAUAUUUACAGAAAUGCAAGCCAAGGAGAAAGGAGCUCUUGCUGUCAUUGGAGCUUUAAAUGUCAUGAAUGAAUUAAACCAAAUAGAAACAUUUAUAAACUCAAAAGGUUUUGUUCCAUUUAUUUCAGAAUAUAACCCUGAUUUCGUUGACAUUUUACAAAACACAUUUGAAAUAACAACAAAUUGGAUUCAGGAUAAUGAUGUACCAAUUGAUGUGAAAAUUACAUCAUUGAAACUUUUUGGUAAUUUUUUCAAUUUUUUUGAAUUUUACGUAAAUGAAAUGGAAGAAGUUCGAAAAAAGACUUUUGUUUCCCUUUUAUCAUGCCUACAAUUAGAAAAUGAUGAAGUUCAUAAAUUGGCUGUUUGGAAUUUAUGCAAAGUAGUAAGAAAAUGUUACUUCACAAUUGACACUUUUUUGCCAGAAAUUAUUAAUUUUUCUGUUUCAGAUUUUGAGUCAAAUAACAAAAAUAAAAUUCUUAAUGUUAUAGAACUUUGGAUAGAAAUUGCAUCGACAGAGAUUGAAGUUUCGGAAUCUCAUAAUUACAUUGAAAGAAGCUAUGAAAGUCUUUUGCCUUUUUUGAUUCAAAAUAUAAGGAAUUUUGAUGAUGAUAACGAUUUCGAUGAUUUUAAUGAAGAUGAUUCAGUUCACAAAUAUUGCCAAAUUUUAUUGUCACUUUUCUUUAAUAUUUUACCUAAUAUUAUUGGUCCUAUUUUAUCAGAUAUUUAUUGCCAAAACAUUUCUUCAUCUGAUCCAUACGAUCGCUUUGCUUCUUUACUAUGUUUAUCAUGUUUAAUUUCAAAUAAUACAAAAUUAGAAUCUGAUGAAAAUGAUGAUGCUUUGAUGAAUUUUUUGCAGAGUUCUGUUUCGACAGUUUUGGCACUUUGCUAUGAUGAUAAUGUUAGAGUUUGCGAAAAUAGUUUAUGGGUUUUGUCAUUGAUGGUUAAUUAUUCUAACAAUUUGAUAAAUAUAGAAAAUAUAAUUGAAGUAGUUAAUAAUACUUUACAAAAAAGUAAUGAAAUAAUAAGAGAAAGAAGUUUCCAAUUGAUGAAAAACAAACUAGAAAACAGUGAAGAUUAUGAUGCAUAUUACGAAAAUAUUUGUGAAAUGAUAUUUACUUGUUUGAAUGACGACAAAAAUAGAAAUGAUUUUGUUUUGACAUCAUUAUUUGAAUGUUUAUUUACAUUUAUUGAAAAUUUGUCAGAAGAAUUUGACAUUUCAAAGAUAUUUAUCAGAUCUAAAAAUUAUUUGUCUGAAGAAGUAUCAGAUGUAACAAGGAAAAACAGAGAAUUAGUAAUUUCUUUCUUCAUGGCAGAAUUCUCAACAUUUGCAGUUAGAUUUACAAAUCCAUCGAGAUAUAAUUUUGAAAUUCUUUUGUAUGAUAUGAUAGAUAUCGUCAGAACAACUAUACAAAACAUGACAGAUCCGAAUAUUUUGAUCGAAGGAUUGAAUGCUUUGUCACUCUUUGUUUUAUUGAUCCGAGGUUUUGAAAAUAUUGUCAAUUUUGCGGAUUUGACAUUUCCUGUUAUUUCUGAUAUUUUGUCACAGGAAGAAAACCCGAGUGUUACUUCGCGUGCUGCACUUUUAUUAUCAGAUACUAUUAUUUCUGCUAAAAAAUGUCCGGACGAAAUUUCAGGAAUGUAUGAAGCUGUAACAAAACUUUUCCACGCAGAUAACACAACUAUUGAUGAUAAAAUCAGAAUCAUUACUUGUUUAAGUUCUCUUCUAAUGAUGGAUUCAAGUUUUUGUUAUUCAGUUUCUAGUGAUUUUCUUCCUAAAUGCUUGGAUUUAAUGCGGACGAAAGUCGACAGUGAAGAUGAUACAUCUUUGUUAAUUAGAAUUUUCAUUUGUUUGAGUGACUCAUACAGAAAGUUUAUUGCAAUCAUGUCAGAAGACAUUGAAUUCUUAGAUUUGAAUUUGAGGCAAUUUGCUUCUGUUUUGGAUUUAUUCUCGAAAUCAAUGCCUGUUUUCAAUGAAUCAUAUAUUUGGAAAUACAUUACUUAUACAUCAUUUUUAGUCACAACAUUUGGAACUUCUGUUGGUGAAAUGCUGCAGAAUUCUGAUGUUCCUAGAAUUCUCAUGUAUUUCAACGAGAAUAGUCAAGAUGAAAAGAUAAGAAAAACAAGUUUCUCAGUUCAUCAAAUUCUCAUGAAAUCAUAA